AUGAGGUUCAAAGAUCCAUCUCAAUUAAAAUCGAUGUUAUGCAACUAUGCUGUUGCGAAUGGGUACCAACUUUGCUUUGAGAAAAAUGAUAGGAAAAGAUUGUUGGUUAAGUGUUGCAAGGGUAAGUGCUCAUUUAGGUUGUGGGCAUCUUGGAUGAGUGAUGAAGCAAGCUUCCAAAUUAAGUCUUUAAAGCCAGUCCACAAAUGUGUAAGGAACUACAAGUUAGGGUCCAUGGUCACUUAUGCUUCGAUAGGGAGUCAUUGUACAAGAGAGUUCUUACUUAGACAAAAGAUGAGUGUUAGAAAGCUAAGACCAUAUGUGUCACAGAAGUUUGGCAUUCAUGUUAGUGUUGGUCAAUGCAGGAGAGCUAAGAAAUAUGCACUCCAACUAAUAGAUGGCACCCUAGUUGAACAUUAUGCAAAGUUAUGGUCGUAUGCAGAAGAGAUUAGGAGAUCAAAUCCAAGUAGCACUAUGAAGCUUGAUGUAAAUCAUAUGCCAGAUGGGAAGAACUACUUUAGUAAGUUCUACGUUUGGUUUGAUGCAUUGAAGAAGGGGUGGAAGGAGGGAUGCAGGAAGAUAAUAGGUUUAAAUGGUUGUUUCCUUAAAGGGAUCUGUAAAGGGGAGUUAUUAUGUGCUGUUGGAAGGGAUGCAAACAAUGGGAUUUAUCCUAUUACAUGGGCAGUAGUAUGUGUGGAGAAUAAGGAAAAUUGGAGGUGGUUUUUGGAUUUACUCAUUGAUGACUUAGGACUUAAUUUGGGCUAUGGAUACAGUGUAAUAUCUGAUCAACACAAGGGUUUGAUUGAGGCUGUGAAAGAACUCCUUCCUUAUGUAGAGUAUAGGCAGUGUGCCAAGCAUAUUAGCCAAAACCUUAGGAAAAGGUAUAGUGGUGCCCAAUAUGAAAGCAUUUUCUGGAAGGCAUGUAAAGCAACAACAAAGGUAGAUUUUAAGGUUGCCAUGAAAGAGCUUGAAGUGCUAGACCCAAGUGCUCAUCAGUAUCUGAUGGACAAAGACCCCAAAACAUGGUCAAGGGCCUACUUCCAACCAGGAAGAUGUUGUGAUGCUGUGGAGAAUGGAAUGUCAGAAAGUUUUAAUGUUGUGAUUGUUAAUGCUAGGAAGAAACCAAUUAUCACCAUGCUAGAGGAGUUGAGGAUGUAUAUGAUGGAGAGGGUGUUCAAAAAGAAAUGCAAGGGUCCAGGAUGGGGCAACCAAAUUUGUCCAACAAUUAGAGAAAUAGUGAAUGACAUUAAUAAGGGUCUAAGACAUUACCAAGUCUUACCUAGUGGACUAAAUCAGUUUGAAGUAAGAGGAACUACUAUUGCUUAUGAAGUGGAUCUUGAAGAAAGAACUUGCUCAUGCAGGCUAUGGCAGCUUAAUGGAAUCGGUUGUGUCCAUUCUGUUGCAACUAUUAGUUUUAUGAAUAGGGAUGUAGAGUCAUAUGUGGACAAAAUGUUUAGUAGCAUCACUUAUAUGAAGGCAUACAAGUUUAGGUUAGCACCUAUGAAUGGAAGUAAUUUGUGGCCUGCAACUGAUUACACCCCACCUUUACCUCCUGUUCGCAGAGCUAUGCCUGGGAGACCUGCAACUAAAAGGAAAAGGAUGCAACAGAAACCCCAAACCAGUCAAGGUGUAGCUGAAGCUCUCAAUGAGGAUGAAAGUAAUCAAUCUAAUGCAGUCAAUGGUGGAGGAACAGUAAAUGAUGGUGGAGAAGCAGUCAAUGAUGGAGGAGCAGUAACUCAUGGUGGAGAACUAGUCAAUGAUGGAGGAGCAGUAAAUCAUGGUGCAGAAGCAGUCAAUAAGGUGCAUGUACAACAAGACUAUGAUGAGGUGGAACUCACUCCUUUAGAGUUUGAUGCAUCAGCUAGUAGAGAACCUAUUCAGGUUCAUGUACAAGAACAGGAGGCUAGAGAAACACCACUUGCAACCCAGUUGAAGAAAAUCAUGAGGAAGAAAGCUGAAAGGAUUAUCAAGUUGAAACUGGGCAAGAAAGUUGGUGGAAAUGAUGCACCUGGGAAUUCAGAAGCUAAACAUGUUACUCUAGAAUAA